AUGAUCGGAGACGACCUGCUAGCUUCGUGCGAUGGUCACUUGCAGUUAUCCUACGCCAUAUGGUAUGCCCUAAUUACGCCGUUAUUCUACUGUCCAUCAACCCUCCCAGAAUUAGAUGGCAAUUAUCCAAGCAUUUGCUCGCCGUAUUUGAUUGCGCGGUCACACAUAGAGCCUCAUAUAUCGCCGUAUUAUGAAACUUACGGAGCUCCCUAUGUCGACAACGUACGCCCUUAUGCACGCACUUUCAACGAGCAGAUAUACAUUCCUACUGCCGAUUUCACAAAACGCAAUUACCGCGCAUAUGGAGCGCCCCAUAUUGAGAAGUCCGCGUCAUAUAUUCGGAACCAGUGGGAAGGCAUCGUGACACCGCAUAUUCACUCACUACAAACCUCCUUGACUGGUGCAUACCAGUCAUCGAUUGAGCCGCAUUACGCACAUAUUGCUUCAGUAGUAACUCCCUAUUACCGGACAGCAGUUGCCCGCCUUGAUAACGUGCGUCAAUCGUAUAUUACUCCCUUUUAUACGAAAACGAAACCAGUUAUUGUCAAAACAUGUUCCUCCACGUAUGAUAUCGUGGUGAAUACGAUAUAUCCGUUCAGUAAAAGAACAUGGUCGUAUCUGGUGACAUUCGUUAAUGAGACAUUCCUACCUAGAAUUGCUAGAGUCUACGGCGAGAAUGUUGAGCCUCAGUUGCUUAGGAUUGGCGAGAAGCUCGCAAGUUAUCGUGAAGGCCGGAAGCUUGGUGCUGUUGGUGAAGAAACUGAAACUUUAACCGAACCAUCCGGUUCAGCCACCACUGCUUCAUCGCCUGCAACUACCGUGGCACCGAAGACUUCUGAAUACAGUCACUGGACCACUUCUACUUCGACAUCUGUGGCGCCCCCCGAGCAAUCAGUGGAUAAAAUGAGCUUUGCGCGUGAAGCCAUAGCCACAGAUUUGAAAACAUGGCAACAAAAGUUCGCCAUUGCGGCUGAUAAAGGAGCCGAAGACCUCGAUGAACAGGUCGCGAAGAUUGUAGACAGCUACGUGAACGACGUACAGGGUUCUGGCGAAGCACUCGUUUCCGAGUUGGAAAGGGUGGGACAUCAAGAGCUCGAAUCUCUAAGAAAGAAAAUUAUCGAUAUCAUCCGUGAUAUGCCUGAUAAAUCUACCGUUGAAGAUCGCGAAGCCGCUGAGCAACAGUUGAUACAAGCUGUUAGGGCGUCAGGUUUUGCUCUUCGGGAAGCUGCGCAGAAGCUCCGACAGUGGCUGGCGAACUUUGAUAGGAGCCUUCAUAUGGAGAUCCGUGACCUCAGCCUUCAGAAUAUUGGGAUGAAAUGGGCGUGGAUGGACGGUGUGACAUACAAAGAUUGGGCGAAAUAUAAUGCGCUAAAGAAGCAACUCCAUAGCUGGCGGGAGGAAGUUAGAGCAGUUGCGAUGCGGCAUGGCGCUUACGAAGAAGCAAAGGCACUUGGAAAUGAUAUUGUCAACAAGGGCAUGUUGAUUGCUGAAGCGACGGCCAAGGAGCUAACUAGGCUUAAGGCGGUUGGGAAGUGGAAGAUUGAAGCAGAGGAUAUCAGCGAUGAUUUUGAGACGAGGACGAAUGAUGCAGCUGAAGCUCGUGCCAGCAAGAGAGCAUCAAUGAUUCCAGACGAACCCGAAACAAUGCCAGAUCCUGAAUAUCAAUCCAUGUUAUCGCUUGAGGAUGAGCUCAACGAGGGAGAUUCUUUUGAUAAAGAUCACUCCAUCGACACCGACACAUAUAUCGGCGUCGUUGACGAUACGCCGGAAGCUAGUGACGAAAGAGGCUCCGAAAACAGCGCGUAUUUUGGAAACGAACACGAUGCACCACCAUCUGAAAUAUUUUUCAAUAAGGUUCCAAAACCUGAGCCUGAGCUUGAGCCUAUGGCCAUCGUAGAUAAUAAGGAUGCUAACAAUGAGCCUAAUGUUUCGGGUGGAGUUGAUGCUGCAUUCAUAGACCAUGACAAUCAAGCCUCUGCUGAUACUCCUGGGCAGACUCUGGGUGAUGUCCCAACCCCACCCCACCAGCAAUCGUUUUCGUCGACCGUAUCUCCGUCGGCGAGACUGCCAGCGCUCAGAAUCCUGGAGCCCCAGACGAAGGAAUUGUGUCGUCGAUUGAAUCUGCUACUCGGGGUCUCUCCAACACGCGAGUGA